AUGGAAGCAACUCACGAAUCGGGUGCCAAUUUGAGCCUCGAAUGGCGUCGUCAACAACUCUUGAACCUCCGCGCUAUGCUACGCAACCAUUGGACGGAACUACAAGGAGCCCUGGCGAAAGAUCUCGGCAAGGAAGCGACGGAAGCUGUUUGUACCGAGCUCGCACUGGUGGACCAAGAGGUUUCUCUCAUGCUCAAGAACGUCGAAGGUUGGAUGAAGCCUUCCAAGGUCCCGAGUCCCGGUUUUUGCGCUCCGGCCUUUUCGAAAGUUACGCCCCGUCCACGCUCGGGACCCGCUUGUUUGGUCAUUGCUCCGUCCAAUUAUCCGGUGUGCCUCUUGUUACAGCCCCUGGCGGGUUCUCUGGCGGCAGGCAAUCCUACCGUUCUAAAACCAAGCGAGCUCUGUCCGACGGUCAGUGCGCUCAUGCAGCGUCUGGUAUCGCAGUACUUUACGCCCGGGGCUGUCCAAGUCGUUACGGGUGGCGCGAGCGAAACCACUCAACUUUUGCAGCACUCGUGGGGUCUCGUCUUUUUUACCGGUAGUCCCAAAGUAGGCGAAAUCAUCGCCACGGCGGCAGCGGCAACCUUGACACCCUGCGUCCUCGAACUGGGCGGAAAAUCCCCGUGUUACGUAGACGAGACGGCACCCAGCGAUAUUCGCAUGAUUGCCAAUCGCAUCAUCUGGACCAAAACUCUCAACGCCGGGCAAACCUGCGCGUCCAUUGAUUAUCUCGUCGUCCACGAGAAAAUUCUCCCGAAGCUCUUGCCGGAAUUGCAGCGAUCUUUACAAGUGCAAUUUGGCGAAGACCCGCAACAGUCGGAACUUGCCCGAUUGGUAACGGCAAGCCAUGCGUCUCGUCAAGUCGAACUCAUUCGGGAAGUCGAGGAAGCCGCGGCAGUGGAGGAUUCGGAAACCACGAUUGUAUGCGGUUCGUCCGAAUCCUGCGACCCCGAGUCGGGCUAUGUGGCACCCACAAUUGUCCUGAAUCCGCCCGAGUCUUCUCGUAUGCUACAAGAGGAGAUCUUUGGACCCAUCCUACCGAUACGGGUCGUGAGAUCACGCGACGAAGCCGUCAGUCUCAUGCGCCAGACGCCCGGUACUCCCCUAUGCCUGUAUGUGUUUACCAAAUCCCAGUCCGUGUUUGAAGCACUGUGCAACAAGAUCCCAUCCGGUGCUGCCGUCCGUAAUGAUGCCAUCAUGCACCUGUCAUCGUCACAUUUACCGUUUGGAGGCCUGGGGACCUCUGGAUACGGUAUGUAUCGCGGGAAAACCUCGUUUGAUACAUUCUCGCACAAA